CUGUAAAUUAUUCUUCUGUAAAAAUCACAUGGAAUUUGUUCCUUUGUCUAGAAAUCAAUACAAACAUCAACAACACAUAGCGACCCCAAAAACGCCUCUUCCCCAGUAGUACUUAACCAGCAGCAAAGAUGGGUGGUAAGAAAAAAUCCCUGGCAAAUCGCUUGGCCCGAAUGAGCGAUGAAGAACGUGCAAGGUAUCUUCAACACAAGGCUGACAUUGAAGAAGAAGCCCGUAGACGAAAGGAGCAACUAAUUGCGAUUUUUAUGAAGCACAAAAUUAAACGAGAGGACGGUUUUUCUCGACUCAAUUUGGCCAAAAUCAACCAACACUGGCACCAGAUCUUGCGCUUGAACAAGUGCAAAGAAAUGAGAGAGGACGUCGAGCACAUGAAACAAUUCAUGGACCGGACGCUGGAAUACAAAAAUCGGACCAUUGCCAGGCUUUUGGAGGAGCUAGAGCUGGCUGAGGAGCAGUAUUGUCACAACUUCCAGGCACAUGUGACACAUAUCGACCAAAUAAUUGGGUCGCAUGAAAAAUACAUGAGUCUAAUGGAAGAGGAGUUCCAGAAGGAUUUGGACGAGUUAUUGGCGGCAAGUGGCAAAGAACACGACGAAAUUAUCCAGAACAGUAUUUCCAGGCAUGAGCACCUCCAGACGGUGAUUUUCGGCCAAAAUUCGCAAGCCAAAGAGGCGGCCAAGGCAAAUUUCGAGCGCUACUUGCGGAAGAAAGAAGAACUAACAAGCACAUUCCGCAUCGAACUCGCCUCUUACACAAAGCGUCGCCAGAGCCAUUGCGCCGCCCUCUGGAGACAAAUAGCCACAGCAAUAAAGUCCUCCGUCUCCCAAACGGACACAAAACGUCUACACCUUGCCGAACUGAACCGUUUAGACGCCGAGAGCGCUGCAGAGAUCGCCCUCAACCAGGAGCGCAUAACCCUCCAGGAGGUAACUCCGACAAAACCUCGCCGAAUUUCCGGAACGCACUCAUUGCAGGAAGCGAUCAAAACGCUGACCCAGCACUUGGAGAACCUCACCACCAAACGCACCGAACACAUCGCCCAGCUCAAAGCCACCAUCGCGGAAAAAACCGCCACGUUUUACGCCGUCCGGCAACAAUUCCGCAAAGAUGUGGCCAAAGACGAGCGGCAAUUGCUCCACCUGACCCACAUCUCCAACAAAAGCAUCGAAUUUUUGCACCGGAUCCAAACUCGAGGCGUGCAAAUUGUGAACUUAAUGAAAACGUGCCGGAAGUUUGAAACCCAGCGCGAAAAGAUCAAAUUUUUGCCACUCGAACCCCAGGACUUGAGUCUAGACGAGGAGGAGCAAGAGGAGGUCAGGCGGAGGUCGUCGGGGAAGAGUGCCCCAGAAGAAGUGAAAAAGAUCGUGAUUUCGCGGAAACAAAGUUCGCCCGAGUCUCAAAGUCCUGAGCCUGAGGAUAUAGUAGGCAAGGAGUUUGCCUUGUUGGACUGCAUGGAGAUGUUCUGGGUUGCCUACAACAGGGUGGACCUGGAGCACCGAGAGAUGAAGGAGGAGAGGAGGGUUUUGCAAGGGCAGAACAAGCACAUCAGGGGGAUGAUUAGGGCGGUUUUGGAGGCCGUGGCUUUGGAUCAAUCGCCGGCGAGUAAAGUGCCAACACGGGCCGUUUCGAAGACAAGGGGGGCCAAGUCGGCCCCCCUUAGGAGGAUCCUGGUCUAAGGUCUAAGGCCUUGAACCGACGGGUGUUCCAAUAACAAUCAUUUAAAUUAUAGUUCAUUCAUAAGUAAAUUAGAUGGUUAUGACUAAGAUAAUGUGAAAGUUAUUGGUAAUUACGUCUUUUAUUGUUUAAGUUGGUAAUUUAUGCUCCGAUUGAUUGUAGAUGAGUUACAGAAACAAUAAACAGUGAUAAAGAA